AUGACUGCCCUGGGUGUCACGGUCGCCCUGCUGGUGUGGGUGACGGCCCUGCUGUGCGCCUUCCUCUGGAAGCAGGUGUACAGCAGCAGGAAGUUGCCCCCAGGCCCUUUCCCACUGCCCAUAGUUGGGAAUUUGUUUCAGUUGGAACUCAGUGAUGUGCCAAAAUCCUUCACCAGGCUGGCAGAGCGCUUCGGGCCGGUGUUCACCCUCCACCUGGGCUCCAACCGCAUCGUGGUCCUGCACGGCUACCAGGCGGUCAAGGAGGUGCUGCUCCAGCACAAGAAGGAGUUCUCCGGCCGCGGAGAAUACCACAUGUACCGGGCCCACAAGGACCAAGGAAUCACUUUCAAUAACGGCCCCACCUGGAAGGAAACGCGGCGGGCUUCCCUGACCAUCCUGCGCGACUUCGGGAUGGGGAAGGAGGGCAACGAGGCCCGGAUCCAGAGGGAGAUCCCCUUCCUGGUGGAGGCACUCCGGCAGACCCAGGGCCAGCCCUUCGACCCCACCUUCGUGGUGGGCUGCGCGCCCUGCAAUGUCAUUGCCGACAUCCUCUUCCGCAAGCGCUAUGACUACGGGGACAGGACCUGCCUGCGGCUGCAGACCUUGUUUAACGAGAACCUGUACCUGGUCAGCACCCCCUGGCUGCUGCUUCAAAAUAACUUUCCAAGCCUGUUCAACUACCUGCCUGGAAGCCAUAGGAAAGUAAUGAAAAAUGUGUCCGAACUAAAAGACUACGCGCUAGCCAGACUGAAGGAGCACCAGGAGUCCCUGGCCCCCAGCUGCCCGCGGGACUUCAGUGACCGCCUGCUCAUGGAGAUGGAGAAGGAAAAAUACAAAGCAGAGCCAGGGUACACCUUGGGCAACAUCGCCUCGACCGUUGCCGACCUGUUCUUUGCGGGGACAGUGACCACCAGCGCCACGCUGAAGUACGGGCUCCUGGUCCUCCUGAAGCACCCGGAGGUGGAAGAGAAACUUCAUGAAGAAAUUGACAGGGUGAUUGGGCCGCACCGAAUCCCUUCCAUCAAGGACAAGCUAGAGAUGCCCUACAUGGACGCCGUGGUGCAUGAGAUUCAGCGGUUCAUCAAUCUCCUGCCCUCCAACCUGAAUCAUGAAGCAACCGAGGACACAGUGUUCAGAGGCUACGUCAUCCCCAAGGGCACAAUCCUAAUUCCGACACUGGACUCCCUCUUGUUUGAUAAACAAGAAUUCCCCGAUCCAGACAAGUUUAAGCCAGAGCAUUUUCUGGAUGAAAAAGGGAAGUUCAAGUACAGUGACUAUUUCAAGGCAUUUUCCGCAGGGAGGCGGGUGUGUGUCGGAGAAGGCCUGGCUCGCAUGGAGUUGUUUUUGUUCUUCACCGCCAUUCUGCAGCACUUUAGCUUGAAGUCUCUCGUCGACCCCAAGGAUAUUGACCUCACCCCCGUCGUGAAUGGGUUUGCCAGCAUCCCGCCCGAUUACAAACUCUGUCUCCUCCCCCGCUCACACGCGUGA